AGGGCCCUCCCCGCGCGGAGCACGUCCGCGUCCCGCGCCUCCGCCUCCUCGCUCCCUCGCUCGCUCGCUCCUUCCCGCCCUCCCCGCAGCUCCGGCCGAGCCGGCUCCCCCCGCCCCAGUCUCUCAUGAAUAUUGAGCGGCCCCUGUUGUAUUUCCCGAGCUCCAUUGCGGAAGCCGAGGCUCGCCAUAUUGUGCGGAGGCGCCGGCGGUUGAUCCUCGCUUCUCGCUCCGGCCGUGGCCAGCGCAGCCCCGGGCUGGGGCAGGAGCCGAAAUGUCUCAGGCUGUGCAGACAAAUGGAACUCAACCAUUAAGCAAAACAUGGGAACUCAGUUUGUACGAGUUACAACGAACACCUCAGGAGGCAAUAACAGAUGGCUUGGAAAUUGUGGUUUCACCUAGAAGUCUACACAGUGAAUUAAUGUGCCCAAUUUGUUUGGAUAUGUUGAAGAACACCAUGACUACAAAGGAGUGUUUACAUCGGUUUUGUGCAGAUUGUAUCAUCACAGCCCUUAGAAGUGGCAACAAAGAAUGUCCUACCUGUCGGAAAAAACUGGUUUCUAAAAGAUCACUAAGGCCAGACCCAAACUUUGAUGCACUCAUCAGCAAGAUCUAUCCAAGUCGUGAUGAGUAUGAAGCCCAUCAAGAGAGAGUGUUAGCUAGGAUCAACAAGCACAACAAUCAGCAGGCUCUCAGCCACAGCAUUGAGGAGGGGCUGAAGAUACAGGCCAUGAACAGAUUACAGCGAGGCAAAAAGCAGCAGAUUGAAAAUGGCAGCGGAGCAGAAGACAAUGGUGACAGUUCCCAUUGUAGUAAUGCAUCCACACACAGCAAUCAGGAAGCGGGUCCUAGUAACAAACGGACCAAAACAUCUGAUGACUCUGGGCUUGAACUGGAUAACAACAAUGCAGCAGUGGCCAUCGAUCCAGUGAUGGAUGGUGCUAGUGAGAUUGAGUUAGUCUUCAGGCCCCAUCCAACCCUUAUGGAAAAGGACGACAGUGCACAGACGAGAUACAUAAAGACUUCAGGCAAUGCUACCGUUGAUCACUUAUCCAAGUAUCUGGCUGUGAGGCUAGCUUUAGAAGAACUUCGAAGCAAAGGAGAAUCAAACCAGAUGAACCUGGAUACAGCCAGUGAGAAACAGUACACCAUUUACAUAGCCACAGCCAGUGGCCAGUUCACUGUUUUAAAUGGCUCAUUUUCUUUGGAAUUGGUCAGUGAGAAAUACUGGAAAGUGAACAAACCCAUGGAACUUUACUAUGCACCCACCAAGGAGCACAAAUGAGCUUUUAAAAGUCAAUUCUGAGACUGAACUUUUUCUAGUCUAUUCCUUUAAUAUUAAAGAUGUACCAUCGUUACUUUUAUGGACAGAUCUGGGAUAUGUUCAGUUUUCUUUCUGAGCCAGACUUGUUUACACUAUUAGAUUAAUGUCUCCUUAAUUUAAAGACACACUUUUUGGAAGGGACUCUAGUAACUCAGCAUCCUCCACUCCCUGAACAGUGUAUCUAAGUUAUAUGCUUAUAGAACAUGUGCUUCCUUUGGGGAGGACACUUUGACCUAGGAGGUUUUUGUAGUUCUGUACUCUUUAUUUUUUCCUUCCAGUUUUUGGUCUUUUUAGACAGGCUCUCAUUAUAAAGCCCUGGCUGGCCUGGACCUUGCUGAGUAGAACAGGCUGGCCUUGACUUUGGAGUAAUGCUCCUGCCCAAGUACUGAGAUUCUGCCUGGCUUAAGAUUCAAUUGGCCAUCAGCCAUCUUUACCCCUUUCAAAAGGUUUUUAGCUUAAAGAAUGUUGGACAAUAUGUAUCCUGACUUUUUUCCCUUGGAGUCUUGUAUAUUUAUAGUUUUCUAUACAAACUGUAGUAUCUUCAUGAAGACCAAGGCUCAAAUUUACUGUGCUUAAAACAAUUCUCAUAGGAUUAUUAUUUCCAUGGUAUUUUCUUACAUAAUAUCUCAUUUAAAGGAGGUUCUUUACGAACUUAGUGUCCAUUGUCAUGCAAUGUUUUGGUUUCUUCAUAUGUUUUCACUAUAAGUUUAGAAUUUCUGGUCAUGGGGAAGAGUCAAACAAAGUUCUUUGAGAACAUGGUUCAUUUACAGAUUUCACUGAAGAAAGAGAAGUUUAAGUUGGUGAAAAUAUAUGUAUUCCUGUACAUUUGAGAGUUUUUUUUGUCUGUAUUUUACUGUUCCUUUAUUAUGUAUGUUUGAUACUUUUCUCUAUUAAAAUACCAGAGAUUAUGGA